AAUCAUGGUUACAGAUGGCCUUACCCUCAUCAUUCAGUGAGAAGGAUUCCAAGCAGCUCCUGGACACUGGAAUCAAGAACUAUGAGAGAAAUCACAAGAAACAUGCUGUUGCUCAAAUCCUGGGUUCAACAGUCCUUGUGAGUCAGGACCUCAUCCAGAAGAUUCUGGAAGAGGUGAAGCCCCUUCUGAAAAAGAAGGCUGAAAAGGAAUGGGAAGCAGGAACAUUGCAAGGGUUCUACAAAGGCCAGCUAAGCCGUGAUAGUUCAGGACCAAAAGGGCGAAAGGGGCUUAUAAGCAUAGCUGAUGAGGAUGAGGAAGACCGAAUGGCUGGGAGGAAGAGGGAGGAAAGACGAAAGAAGCCUGCUAGUGGCAAGAGUGGAGGUGGAACACAGGGCCGGGAGACUAAGAGCAAGGCUGUGAAGAAGAAGUACAUGAAGGGCAGGGUUGCUGAUGGAUCUGAUGAUGAGGAUGAGGGGAACAAUCCUUCUCAUACUGCAGGAGAGAAAAAAGAACUGGAGUUCCUAUCAUCUGCAGACUUGCUUGCUUUCAUUCAGGAGCUCCCAUUCCUUGCUGACAUUCCAGAAGAAGUUGCAAGUGAUUUGGCACGUGCCCUGUACAGAACGGUGGUGAAGAUGUAUCAAGAUGAAUCUCAAGCUGUGUUCUUGGCCCACAUGGCAGCCACAACAGAAUCCCGUCGCAAAGCCCGUUCUGAUCUCCAAGAGAAGCUCAAUGGAUUGCUAACUAGCCUUCAUAUGUUUGAAAAGGGAGUGAAGGUGUUUACAAAUGAGGACACUCAAACCCAACUUGCUCGUCAUCUUCUGAGAACAUUGGGGAUGCAAGUUGGGACAUCUCUAGUGGGUUAUUUGGCAUCAGAGCAUGAGGUGACCUUGCCAGAACAGGAACUCACUCCUGAGAGCCUGAAGAAGUUGGUGUCAAAGUUCCCAUCAAGCAUUCAAGCAAUUGUUUCCAGUCUACAGAAGGCAUUAAGUGGAAACAACCUAGAGGAAUCUUUGCCUGAACUGGAAAGGGUAUUUGAGUCAGAUGCCCUGGAUUUCAUGGUAAAGCGACUUGACAAGAAGAAGGAGAAGCAGAUGUUGAACUCACACAAAGAAGGACUAUUGGAGCAGCUGACACAAUGCGAUGAUCCAGCUUUGACCCUCCAUCUGGGCUCAUUAAUCCUUUUUCAGUCAUUGACUGGAUUUGCUGUCCAUGCAUCAGGAAAAUUUGUUCCCCAGAUUCUUGGCCAUCUGAAACCAUUCCUGACGUCAGAAUCUGUGGAUGUCUUGGAACGUUAUCAGGGCCUGGUGAUAAAGCAGUUGAGUGAAAAGGAUGAAGAGACACUGAAGGAGGUGAAGCUUGAGCUCUUGCAGUUGGUACCUUGUGUCAAAGAGAUAAGUAUCUCUACCAAAAGGAAGAGCAUCAGGAAGCAGCGAUCAGCGAAUAGGGCAACACUGUGUUACUGCCUGGCCGGGAGAGACGCGAAAAUGGUGUCCAUCGUCCUACGAAGUCUUUCGGUGCUUCUUGGCACAUUCUUCAUUUUUGUUGGCCUCAUGAAGCUAACGCCUCGGGUCAGCAAGGAAAUGUACCGAGAAAUUCGGAAGGACUUUGUGAAGUAUGCCAAGGUAUUUCCAAUGGCAAACCUGACAGAACUGAAAGUUCCUGUGAAAUGGUAUCGCAGAAUUGUUGGAGGUGCAGAAGUUGCCUGUGGUAUAGCAAUGGCUGCAAUUCCUCAUGAGAUAUAUGUACUUUCUUUGACAGAGGCCACAAAACUUAUGGCAAAUGUGAUAUUGCUGCUGCUCACCACCCUCAUGGCAUAUUCACACUAUGCCAUUGAUGACAAGUUUGAGAGAAUCGCCCCAUCUUUGGUGUUUUUUUUCAUGCUGUCCUGUCGCUUGAUAGUGGCCUGGCAGAUAUCCAAGCGGAAGCGGGCUGAGGUUGAGAAGGAAGCAGCCAAGGUGAACGGGAAGAAAGAUUGAUGACCCUCUUGUGUUAGGCUCUCAAAAUGACAGCAAGGAACCAAUGCAUCUCAGAUCAUAUCAAGGGAAACAUGCAGCAAUUGUGAUUGACAACUCUAUUCUCUCAUGUGCCAUAUGGCAAAUUCAUGCACCAAGGGAUUGGACUGAAUUUUAUUCUUGAGUAUUUAAAAGUUUCCCUUUGACUGAAUUCAUCAAAUAUGGAUUGAACUUUUAAUAUUGUGGGCCAUCACCAGCACUGCUUCCAGGUUUCCUUUUUCUUCCCUUGCUUUGUCUAAGUGAAAGCAUGGAUUAUGUUUUUACUCAUCUCAUGAGACAAAAAAUAUGUUUAAAAAUAAUACUCGGAUGCUACACAAAGUUUAGUACUGGAAUUUUGCAUCUUAUGGGAAGAUGAAGUGACAUCUAUGAAGUUAAGCAUUAGUACAACAUGGAUUGCAGGAACUAGGGCUGUGGCAGUUUUGAAAUUGAUGUAUUGUGCUGUAUCAUUGAUACAUCAUCAUUGAACAUUGGUGGUGGGGAAGAGAUAGAACAAAAAUGGCCCUGGGCUAGGAUUUAUGGCUUUGUGGGAGAACCUUGCACAAACUGCAGUCUCAUGUAGGGAGGGGCCUAAAGCCAGCACUGGUGGAUAAGGGAGUUUAUGUUCCUUUACCCUCCAAUAUGGCUGGCUGCCAAAAUACCUGUCUCUAUCUCCUUCCUCUUUCUCUUGAGCCCCACCCCCUCUCAUUUUCUUCUCUUUUUUAGGGGGCUCAACUUAUUCACAUUUCCUGAAAAUUGUUUCUUGUACUUUUCUUAGUCUGCCCAAUCCUUUGGGUGAAUUCAAAUAUUGUGUAUGUGCUUUGUGUUAGUGUUUGGUGUUACUGUAACAAACAUUGACAUGAUGCCCUCCUAAUAUUAGUCUGGCACAAGUGCUACUGGAAUCCUCUUUAUUACUCUUAUUGGGUAUAACUAAUCCAUUGGGAUUAUUAACACUAGUUCUAUUUCAAUAUUGGCGAUAUUUUUCCAGUGACAGUUAGACCAUGUUUUUGAACAUUAUGGUUCAAAUCCCGGCUGUCCAAGUGAGAUUCAGAUCACCUGAAUCUGAAUUGAUGGGUCUAGAUCAGCUAGUCACGAGAUGGUUCAAGGUAUUACCUUGCUAAUGACAUCAUUUCAGUCUUGUUCUGCAUCGUGCAAUGUGAAAGAUGGAGUAACAUGAAGUUGGUAUUGAGAAUCCAAGAGAAAUUAGAAUCCUAGUAGUACAUGAAGUUGAUGGGAAUGCCUAAUAGCAUAAGCCACGGAAUGUCAAUGGCAACCAGAAUGCAUCAUUACUACCCUCACAAAAACAUGAUAUCCCAUAAAAUUUUUGCAAUGUGACUCUGUUUCUGAAGGAAUUGUUAGAUUCAGACUGCUGAUUUUCUUUUAAAUCCCUGUUAUCAAUCCUCAUGAGUCUUGCUUGUGACUGCAUCAGUGAUUCUGAGGGUUUAUCAGCAGUAAAAAGGAAUCGUUUCUCAUCUUUUUUAUGUGUGCAUUGUGGCUUGAAGGCAAGGAGUCAUGGAGCCAUGCUCCUCUCAUCAUUUUAUAAAUGACAAUUGUCUAGAUGUCUGGGUUGGCAAUUAAGGAGCAUAGAAAUGAGGACCACUAGAGUGACAAAGAGGUUGCCCCAACAACCAACCCCCUUAAUGAGGCAGGGCCAGUGGUAGUACAUUAAGUGAUAUCACAGGAAAGGUGAGGAGUGGUUCAGGGGCAUUCAGUUAGCUUUGUACCUGGCAGUGUGAUGUCAUCAUGAAGUUCUGCCUUGAGCACAUUUUUCAUGGGCAUUGUGCAGGUUGCAGUGGAUUGAAGUUCUUUUGCCAUUAUCUCUGAUAUCUUCUUUUUCAUGACAUCACUUCCUUUUCUCAUGAGAUGAACUGUUGCUCUAAUUAAUAAUUCUCAAAAAUUCCUUCUUUUUUUAAGUAUGGAUGGUUAUUCCAGACAAUUUUCAAAAUUCCCUAUAAGUGUGCCUUGAAGUUUUGGCAUAAACAUACAUUUACAAAACGUGAAUAUCUGUAUUGUUUGCAACAUUAAGAUGGUUGAAGCAAAAAGUUGCUGCAAUUGUUGGAGUGAUAAAUACCACAAUUGCAGUGAUGCCUUGGAUGGCAAUUACCUACCUGGCUGGUUUCCAUCAUGUUCUGGUUCUCUCCCAUGGUGGAAAACAGUGGCAGCCUCCCUCUCACCCAGUAAUGCAUUCACCUUGGAAAGAUGAAGCAUGGGAAGAUCUUUCACUCCAAGACUAUUUUUGAUUUCCCUCUUAGUGUCUGUACAUCACUUUGAACCCUUUGUGACUGAGUUCAUCCUGACAUAUACAAGUAUUCAUUAUUUUACUGAAAGCAUUGUUUUCCCAUGUUAUCUCACACGGCUUGAUUCAUGUCUUUAGGGGGGAAAUUGCACUCUAGUCACAUAUCUGAUCACUUAGACUGAGCAUUCCAAGAAUUCUGUCCUCAUUUUAGUAGAUGUUGUCUCUAGCAUCAUCCCAAGAAAUGUGAUAUGUCAUAGUUGGUUCAAAUUGGACUUGCUCACUCCUUCCUGUUUUUGUUUAAAAUGACAGGGUAAAGUUGCAAAAUAUGAUCUGUGGCAAAGUUUCUGAACUCUUCCCAGUGAUUUGGAGUGAAUCUUAUUUUUUUUCUUUGAUGAAAUAACUGACCCUUGUUGGGAAUGCACAGUGUGGUUCCAACUUUAUUGCAACUACCAAAAAUGAUUUGGUUUUGGUUUUCCUUAAAUGCAACUCACUGGACAUUUGAAAUGAACUAAAAUUGAAAGGCAGCACAGAAACUAAAUUUUGUCCAGAUUUAAGCUGAAACAAAAACCCUUCAUCCCCCACUGAAACCACACUGAACUGAAAUUCAUGUAUGGAAAUAAUUGUGUAUUUUUCAAUGCCAACAGUCAGUAUACUCUCCAUUCUCUCCAUUACUCAUUUUGUAUCAUCACCUGCAGGCUUAUGAAGUUAAUACCUACAGAGAAGCAUAUUUGAAGAGUCUUAGCUGCUAUGAUUUCUUGAAAUCUGAGAUCUUUGUCAUGGCAUACACAUGUUCUUGCUGAUCAGUGAUGAUGCAUCUUUGGCACAUGAGUGCAUAUCUGAGCCCCUGCUGUCUACAGAUUUGUGUUUUUCAUAUGAAAAAAUGGAAACCUCUACCCAUGGUAAGAAGCUGUGAUUUGAAAUGUGACAGCUUCAUGACUGUAACUCCACUCUAUGCAAUGUUUCUGCUUAAUUUCUUAUGCCUAAUUUCUGAAAAAAAAAAAACCUUGUCCCAACCUUGGUCCAUGAUGGAAAAGUCUUUAUAAUUACAGCUGAGGCUCAGCUGUAAACUCCUGCCUAGAUUGUAUUAUCACACAUUAAGCUACAGAAGCUGCAGAUUAUGGGAAAUAUGUAAUAUUUAGGUACUGUAUCAUUCAAAAUUCACUGGACUGUACUAGGAAUCUCUGCACAUGAUUUUAUUCAAUAUUUAAAAGAAAAUAAAUCAUGUUUGUUUCUGUUUGAUUUUUUCAUUGUUUCAUUGUGGUAUUCCAUGCC